CUCGCUCCUUCUCUCUCUCUCUCUCCCCACCCACCUUCGUCCCCCUCCGGGCUGACGUGGCCCGGGCCCGGCUCGGACAUGGCGGACGGGAGCAGGCAGAGCAAGCUGGCGGCGGCAAAGAAGAAGCUGAAAGAAUAUCAGCAGAAGAAUAGCCCUGGAUUAACUGCUGGAGCAAAGAAGAAACGCAAAUGUAAAGAAGGAAGUAGACCGGAGACUCCAAGUAAUGACGGCAGGGAGUCUCCUGAAAACAUUCAGAACAUUCUGAAGGUGCUGGUGUCAGACCUUAACCGCUCCAAUGGGGUAGCCAUACCUUCAUUGGACAAGAGGAAGGUGUACUGUGAUGGUGGUGUUUCCACUCAUAAUGCUGAACAACUUGCUGCCGAUGUCCCCACAUUAUCUAACAGCAACAGUUUGCCUGGCUCUGCCGCUCCAGGUCCUGGCAGCAUGCAUCUGCCACAGAUCUGUGAUUCUGAUAUUCAUGCAAAUGCCUUGGAAGAAAAUAGGUCCCUCUCCUUGACAGAAAGUCUCCGCCAACUCUCUGAGCAGCUUAAUGGCAUGGUCAAUCAGCCUGCAGCCUAUGUGAAUGGGGAAAGUUCCACAUCUUCCACCGAUAUGAAAGAAAUGGCAACACGUUACCAGGAGCUGGCAGUAGCCCUAGACUCCAGCAAUCUAACAAACAAACAACUCAGUACAAAGAUAGAGGAAUUGAAACAGCAGAACCAAGAGGCCAUGAAUCAGCUGGAGAAGGAAAAGAAAGGGUUUGAACAGAAGUUUACAAAGGAGCAAGCAGCAUUACGAGAACAGUUACAGGUCCACAUCCAGACUAUAGGGAUACUGGUUUCAGAGAAGUCUGAACUGCAGACAGCCCUUGCGCAUACACAGCAGGCUGCUCGGCAGAAAACAGGAGAAGUCGAGGACCUUGCUUCUCGGUUGCAGUCUUCUCGCCAGAGGAUAUCUGAGUUGGAGCACACGCUUUCCUCCAUCUCUACACAACAGAAGCAGUUGGAGAAACAUAAUAAAGAGCUGGCAAAAGAACGAGACAGCCUGAAACUGGAAGUCUACAAGCAGAGCAAAAGCAGUGAAGAAAUAAAGCAGCAGAACUCCGAACUGUCAGAGAAACUGCGUGCCCUGAUUUCAGAGAACUCUUCCAUGAAGCUGGAUGUGGAAGAGCUGCACAAGAAACUGGAAAUGGCAGAGCUGAUGAUUCAGCAGUUUGCAAGUCAGCCUGGAAUCCCAGAUGCCACUCAGCAGCUGCAAAUGGCACUGGAGGAGAGAGCUAACUUAGAGACACAGAUUGCCCAGCUGUCUGAGUCACUCCAGCAGCUCCAGGCUGAACGGGAUCAGUAUGCCCACAAGCUGAAGGAGGAAGGGGCAAUCUGGCAGCAGAGAGUACAGCUGCUGUCUGAGCAGGUCAAUGCUUUGCUUGAAGAGAAAGACCUGAAUGAAACUCGCAUCCAGGAGUUGGAAGCUAACUUAUCUGAGCUGCUCAGCAGUCAGUCUGCUACUAAGCCCCAGGAAAGUGAGCCUGCUCCCUCUACGGGACCCACAGAAGCUGAGCUGCUCCUGCAGGAAGAGCUCAGUCAGCUGCAGCGGGACAAGGAGGAGCUUCGUGAGCAAUGCCGAGCCCAGGUUCAGGACAACGAGCAACUGAGCCGCCUUAAUCGGGAACAGGAGGAGCGGCUGCUGGAACUGGAGAAGGCACUGCAGCGGUACAGUGAGGAGGCAGUGGACAGGCAGCAGAUCCUGGAGAACAUGCAGAGUGACAAGGUGACCAUCAGCCGGGCCUUGACCCAGAAUCGGGAGCUCAAGGAGCAGCUGGCCGAGCUGCAGAACGGGUUUGUCAAACUGACCAAUGAGAACAUGGAGGUGACAAGUGCCUUGAAGUCCGAGCAACAUGUGAAGAAGGAACUGGCUAAGAAGAUGGGAGAACUACAAGAGAAGCUGGCUGAGCUCAAGGAGACGGUGGAGCAAAAAACCCAAGAUGCCCAGGCCCUCCAGGAGCAGCGGGAUCAGUACUACAGCCACCUCCAGCAGUAUACUGCAGCAUACCAGCACCUAGCCAGUGAGAAGGAGGAGUUGCACAAACAGUACCUACUUCAGACACAGCUCAUGGACCGCCUGCAGCACGAGGAGGUCCAGGGCAAAGUGACUGCAGAAAUGCACUUCAAAGAGUUGCAGCAAGCCAAGGAAAGCCUGGAGACAGUUGCCAAAGAAAACAAAGAGCUGCAGGCCCAUGUCAGCCAGCUCAUGGCAGAACUAGAUGCAAAGAUGUUGCCCAGGGCAGAAGGAGAUGGUGUGGAAACGGAAGAGGAAGCAGUUGAGGACAUGAAGUCUUCAGUCAUCAUCCCAGAGGAGUUUGAAAACAGAGAAGAAAUGGUUGCUUUCUUGACGUCUGCUGUGGCCCAAGCAGAGAAAGAGCGUGAGGAGAUGAGGCAGCAGCUAGCUGAGCAGAAGAGGCAGUGCAGAGGCCUCCUGCAGCAGACAGCCAUGCUGAGGAAAGAACAGCAGCUGCAUGUCACAUCAAGAGGAGGUUCUGUUGCAGAUUCUGUUCCAGCAGAAGUUCACGAAGCCUUAAAAAGUGCCAUGGAGAAGCUGCAGUCCCGAUUCACCGACUUGAUGCGUGAAAAGGCAGAACUGAAGGACCGGGUGGAUGAGCUGGAACACCGCUGCAUCCAGUUAUCGGGAGAAACAGACACCAUAGGUGAAUAUAUUGCCUUGUACCAGAGUCAAAGGGCUAUUCUAAAGCAGCGACACCGGGAGAAAGAGGAGUACAUCAACAGAUUGGCUCAGGACAAGGAGGAGAUGAAGAUGAAGCUGCUGGAGCUCCAGGAGCUGGUGAUGCGCUUGGUUGGUGAGAGGAACGAAUGGUAUACAAAAUACAUGAUGGUGACUCAGAACCCAGAGGCACAACCUGACCCAGGAAGCGAGGCUGCAGUCACGGCAGAGAGGCGCCUUGAGCUGAAUGCUACUGAUGGUGAAGGAUUGCGGGAAGUAAGUUUGACAGAUGAGCCAGAACAGGAAUUGGCAGUUCCUCCAUCUCAUCCGUUUCAUGCUGAUGGCAAAGGCCCCCCACCUGCUCCUCAGGACCCUACGGCCAAGCAGAUCAUGCAGCUUCUGCGUGAAAUUCAAAACCCCCGAGAGAGGCUGGGCUCCCUCUUGGAAAACCCCUGCAUUCCCUUCUUCUACCGGGCUGACGAGAAUGAUGAAGUCAAGAUCAUGGUGGUUUAAUCAGCCUUCUAAGCUUGGCACGGAGCCUGCCAAGACACCAAGUGUCCUGGCUUUUGUGUCCUGCCCACCUCAGCUGAAAACAAGCAUCACAUGUGGUUUAAGCGGAAUAGGACUUGAGUUUCAGGCAUCAUGCAUUGUUCCUUCCCUUCACUGUUCCUAAACGGAUCGUGUGUUCUUGGCAUGCGAAGCUCAGGAGGGUGCUGGAUUUCCUGGCUCGUGUUUCUGACAAGCCACUCUCCGCCAGUGACUCUGUUCCACACGUCAGUUACAACAGCCAUAUGCCCAUCAUCGUCCCACUAAGUAAUUCUGCAUCUGGAUGGUUUCGAUUUGAAUUGACUGCUUGUCUCUCGCCAUGGAUCUUGGGCCCUUUUGCUUUUCUGUGCAGCCAACCUCACGUGUUGAUCCUCUCAGCUGCCUUCCUGUAAUGGAUUAGUUAGCUGACUCUCUAGGCAAGCUCUGCAAAAUGUUUUGUUUCCUUCUAGUUAAACUGGAUGGACGGCUUCAUGGGUUGCCUUUUCACUUGCCUCUUUUGAGGGGUGGGCUUUUGAUUAGUUGGCAUGGACAAGGAAGAGGGAAAACAUAGCCUGCACUUUCAACGGUUAUAUAUUUUGCGGUCUUUUGUUGGAUUUUAUUUAUUUUUUAAAAUAUGGAAAACCUAGUAAAAAGCAGAUCACUGAAUUUUUAAAAAUAUGUCUUUUGUGAUAAUUUCUGGGAUUUCAGCUACCAAUAACAAUCUCCUUUUGUUCCACUUGGGCAGUGGUUAUGCUGAAAUUAAGCCUGAUAACUUCAGAGUAAUUGUUUUUCCUGUAGACCUUGAUAGAGGAUGAGGCAGAAGACAUCUUUGUGGAAACAUGAAAGGAUGUGUCGUGUGUACAGUUGCUGUUUAGUGAAAAAGGCAUCGUGUGCACGUGGGCGGGACAGACUCGAGAACUUGCUCCAGAGCCAGAGUCCUCCAUAGGAGGGCAGCUACAACCUGUGUGUAUCUUGUACAUUUGCACAUAAGCAGUAAAAGUUGUGGGCUGGUGAUGUAACUGUCUGCCAUGAUGGUCUUCGCCUCUCCAGAUUUGCAGGUUUUUAAAGAGUUGGGCUUCCGCAGCCACACAACAGCUAUGGGGAAUGGCUGUUAAAAAAUAAAGGAGAGCCCAAAUGACCUCAGAAGGGACACCAUGGAGGGAAGAGCUCCUCCCUGCCUGCUCAAGCCAUUUUCCAAAAUAGCAAAAGGGGAGUGCCUCUAUUUUUGCUGCUCCAUGUGGAAUAUUUUCUGUACAUGGAGCAGUAAUUUCGACAUGAGAAAAUGGCUUGCUGGGUGGAUGGGGAGGAGCCCUUCCUUCCCCUGCGGUGGUGUUCUGAGGCUGUUUGCGCUCUCCUCUAUUUUUUAACAGCCAUUCCCCACAGCUGCUGCAGGGAUGCCAAGUUCCCCAGACCUGACUCUAAAAGCCUGCACGUUGAGAGAGAUCCACAGGCAGGUGAUGUAAUUGUCUGUCAUGAUGGUUCUGAGUGGAGGGAAAAGGUAUCAGCAAGGGGGGCAGAUAGGCUGCUGCUUUGCUCCUCCCUCCUAGGUGUUGUGCUGAUUGCUGAGGCAAUUGAUUCUUCCGUUUUGGUCAGAGCUUUUCCCUUCUGGUAGAAUUUUCUAGAAACAGCCCAUCCAAAGCCAAAAAGCACAUAGGGAAGUUUUAAAACUUCUUCUUCCCCGUCCCUGGUCCAGUCUUCUAGCAGAGUGAGACGUAGACUAAAUCACUGCAUUCUUCCAGGCUCUAAUGAGCCAAAUGUCUCGGGUGCCACCCAGGUGGGAAACCAGGGAGACAUUAACAAGAUUGACGCAGCCCUGUUGUUGACAGUGUUAGUGCUCAGUGCAUUGUGUUGGGGCACUAGCGAAGCAGGCCCGUGUGCUCCUGUGUGCACGAGUCAGUGUGUACAUAGUGUAUCUGUGUAACAUUUUGUAUAUACCUUGAAUAAAGAGAAGAAAACCGUUUGGCAGCAUUUCUGGUUGCUGGAAGGUAACUCAUAAUCUUGUAUUAUAAAAAUGUUCUAACAUCAAGCAGUGGGGUGGGGGAAGGAAUGUGAUUUAAUAUGGAACAUUAUUAAAUAUUUAUUGGGUGUCUGGUUUCCAGGAAUGUGAAAGGAAAAAAAAUAUUAGAGAAUUCUUGCGUUCUACUGCAGAAAUAAUUUAAUCCUGUUAUAAAUUUGUUCUUUCUGAAUAAACCUCUUCCAACUA